CGUAAAUCUUUGUAACGUUUUUUUUUUGCGCAACGAGUAAGAUUCUUUAUUUUUCCUUACCUUCACGUUCGCUACUAUUCACCCAGCAGUGAUGGCACCAAAGAAAAAGAAGACGAAGCCAACUGCUAAUCCAGCUCGGGGAUUUGCUACUACAUCGAUCGCCUCGAAACCAAGAGCUGAAGUAACCAACGAGCCGGUUCCAAGCGCUACUGAAGGAGGAAAGCUCGAUUCCAAUGCCCCUCCAACUUCGUCAUCUCGCGAUCCCAAAAAUACCCCACCAUCUCAUCCUAACUCCGACAACACAACUACCACAUCACAGCAGAAACAAACUUUAAGUCCCGAGGAAUUUGAGAGACAGCUGGAAGAGUCGGAGCUGCAGCUUCUGGUAGAAAAACAUGCCCAGAAAGUAAAGAGAGACGCCCAGCGCCAAAAGUCUAGACUUGAGACUGAUAGACGACUGCUUCGUGGACAAGCAGAGUCCUUGAACACGAGGAAAUGGUUACCUCAGGAGCUCAUGGAUCAUAUCAUGGAUAUGAUCCAGGCUGAAAACCGCUAUGGCGCAACGUCUCUUACAGCAGAUGGUGCAAGUAGCAACGGCAAACUACCUCCAGAGGAAGAUCUAGUAAUUAGGUUAUGGACCCUGAAGCAGACCCUGGCAGGCAUUGGCUUUUCCGAGGACAAGGUCAAGGCAGUGAUACAGUACGUCCUUGAUAUUGCUUCACGCGUCAAUGGCACCGUUAGAGAUACUAUAUGGGGUCUAGAAGAAGCUCUGGACUGGCUUGCACGCGAAUGCACGAAAGAGGAGCUUCGUGAUUACGACUAUAGAGGCGGUACCUCAAAGUCACAAGCAGAUACACCGCUAGAUAGCCCUUUGCCUUCGGGUGCCAACACUCCACGUCUCUUAGAGGUCAACAGUUCGCAGAAACCAAAGAGUGGGCCUGCAAGCCUAAAAGGGGCUGCUCCAAAGAAAGUUGCUAUCGUCUGCCACGAGGAAAUCGAACCUGAUGAUCUAAUCCCAGCCUAUCUCGAGACUAAGGCCAAGCUAUUUGAAUUGCAGCGGCCUCAGCAGGAUAGCAAAAAGGGGAAACCAGCGAAAAGUCGUGGUCCAAAUGGAACAAAACAUGUUGCUUCAGAACUAUCAGGAGAUGAUCUGGAAGAGGCAAAACUUCUUGCCAAGAUUGAGAAGAUCGAACAGGAUGUAUUGUUUGACAAAGUUGCUGCUGAGCAAACAUGGAGGACCAACAGGAUAGAACUAGAGAAGGAAUUCGCAGCUAAGAAAAAGGCCGAAGCCCAAGCCAAGGAAGAGGCAGCUCAAGAAGCCCAAUCUGAUGAUGACGAAGUUACCAAGGAAGCUGAACGAAUUGCGGCGGAAAUCCUGCAACAGGAUGACGACGACGAUGAUCAAGCUCUGUCUGAUCUUUUUGCGAGUCUCCCCGUUCAAGAAGUCGAUGCUGUUACAGGUAAAACAAUCAACGUCAUCAACGGAGCCGACGGUAUAAAAAUCACAAUUCGCGAUUUUGGUAAAUGGUCGGGCGUCAACCCAACGCGCGCUCUUGAGGAAGCUUGUCGGUCAAGAGACUCUUCUGUGCGGAUCGUAUACCAACUAGUGUCUGAGAACCCAUACUGUAACCGUCACUUAGUCUCUAUUCAAUGGUCUAAGCCCCAGGAGCUGAUUCCUACUCCUCAUAUUCAAUUCGUCGACAGCAUCAUAACACCUCAGCAAUUUCUUUUCCAGAUGAGCUCAAUUGCAACGCCCGAUUCUAAACAAUCCGAAGCGUUCGUCGCUACUUUGGCACUGUUUGUCGUAUUUGGAUCUACGAAAGAGGAGAAGGUCUUCAUGAGAUUACCACAGGUGUGGAGGGAAUUCUGGUCUGAGCUGGUGGAGGAAAAGAAAAACCAGACUGACGCAGCGGACCGAAUAGCGAUCCAAGAGCUUCGAGCAAUGGUCCGACGAAAGCAGGACCAAGACCUCGAGGACGGCGUUCUACUUCAGGGCGCUUUUAGAGGACGUGCCUCUCAACGCAGUACAAAUGAGACGGGUGAUGAUUCUGUCCUGGAAAGAGGCGUCACAAAUUCACUUGGACCAGAAUAUUAUCAGAGGAUAUGGGCUGAGAAGUCGAAUACGCCGAGGUUUCAAGCUAUGCUGCGAUUUCGAUCACAGCUCCCGAUGUGGCAGUUCAGAGAUCAGGUUCUCAACGCUGUCGAGAACGAGCAAAUUGUCAUCAUCUGUGGAGAGACAGGAUGCGGCAAGAGCACGCAAGUACCGUCUUUCCUACUAGAACAUCAAUUAUCCUUGGGCCGGCCGUGCAAAAUUUAUUGCACGGAACCACGACGUAUUUCUGCCAUCUCUCUAGCCCGUCGUGUCAGUGAAGAACUCGGCGAAGGAAGGGGUGAUAUCGGUACCUCAAGAUCCCUCAGAGGUUUUCCAACUACCUAGGACGUGCUCCUGUCCUUACUGUGCCUGGUCGGACGUUUCCAGUACAAGACAAAUUCCUGGAAGAUGCUCUUGAGAUUACCGGCUACGUCCCCAGCCAACUUAGCCAAGAAAAAAUGACAGAUUUAGAUGAUGAUCCGGCGGAAAUCGAUGCUAC